CAAGAUCAGCUUUCACAAUGAGACUUCAAGAUACUUUGUUCCUGGUGGGGGCCGCGAGGGCCUUUGCUGCUUCGUACCCAAGGACCUCCUACGACCCGUACAAGCCAGUGGUGAACUCCAAAGGUCUCCAGGAUGCCAUUACAACCGAGAAUCUCAUGGGCAACUUGCAACAGCUAGACACCAUCGCGAAAGCCAAUGGUGGAAACAGAGCUUUCGGAUUCCCUGGCUACCAAGCCAGCGUGGACUACAUCUUGUCUCGCACGCAGAAUUCCUCCAACUUUGUGACUUGGACCCAGGAUUUCCCCGCCUUGUUCCAAUUCGUUGAGUCGAUUUCCUUCAAGGCUGACAACCAGACCAUCAGUGUCGUUGGUCUGACGUACUCCCCAUCCACCAGCGCCGAAGGAUUGACAACACCGCUCGCACUCGGUGUUACUGGCGAUGCGGGCUGCGAUAGCGCAGCAUACGCCGACUUGGACGUUGCAGACAAGAUCGUUCUCGUGGAAAGAGGAUUGUGCCCCGACGGGACUACGUUCGCUGGAAGGAUGAAGGCUGCAGCGGCCGCCGGUGCUGCGGCAGUGGUCAUCUAUAACAACGUGGAGACGCCCGCGACAGGUGGAACUCUCACGAACCCGAACCCGGAAGAGUACGUCUCCACCGGCUUGAUCAACCAAGCUGAGGGUCAAGCUCUCGCCGCGAAGUUGACUGCUGGCGAGACCGUCUCUGCCUACUUCCAGCAGACCCAGAUUAUCGAGACACGUAUUACACAGAAUGUCUUUACUGAGACCGUAGAAGGAGAUCCAAACAACGUGAUCAUGCUAGGCGCCCAUCUCGACUCCGUCGUAGCAGGUGCUGGCAUCAAUGAUGACGGCUCAGGCACCUCCCUUAUUAUGGAAGUCAAGACAGCGUUGGAGAAGUUUAGCGUAAAGAACAAAGUCCGAUUUGCUUGGUGGGGCGCAGAGGAGAACGGAAAAUUGGGGUCGAUCUAUUACGUUGAAAACCUCAACACUACGGCUCUGGACAACGUCCUGGCCUAUCUGAACUUCGACAUGGUGUCUAAGGGGUACUUCGGCGUCUUCGAUGGCGAUGGAAGCACCCACGGGUUGAAGGGCCCCCCUGGAAGCGACGUGAUUGAGAAACUUUUUGUAGACGAUCAUGUUAGCAAGGGUGUGAAUGUAACCCCUGCUGUCUUUACGGGCGGUAGCGAUUACAAGUCGUUCAUGGACUUUGGAAAGCCGGUUGGUGGACUGCACACCGGGACGGGCGUCGCGCAGGACCCUUGCUACCACCAGUCUUGCGACACCAUUGAUAACCCAGAGCCUGCGACGCUCACUAUCAACGCCAAGGCUGCCGCUCAUGUGCUGAGCAUCCUCGCCACCAAGGGCCACGAAAUCAUUCCCAAGACACCGCAGAAUGCGACUGUUUCGGCGCGGGGACUCAUGGGCCGCGAAAUUGAAUACACGUUGGUCGAUGGCGAGAGACAUGUUGGGUGCGGCGGUGAGGUGUGA